GAUUUGUGUUAAGAUCAACACCACCUUUUAAAUGUUUUUUCCUUCAUCCUAGCAUUCUUUAAGAUAAUCCUAGAUGGAACUUGAAACCAUCAUCACAUCUGGUAGCUAAUUUAAAUGGCUCCACCCAUAUUCAGUCUUAAAACUAUUAAAUGUAGACCCUGCAGCUUCAAAAUCAGCUACUCUUAUUUUGUACCCCUCCCCUUUGAAUUUUUCUUCAUCUUGCCUGUUGAACAGUUCUAAAGAAAUCUACAAUUUACACACUUUUCAUGGCCUUUGAGUUAGCCUAACACAGUUUAUUAUGUUGUUGAUUUGUUAGAUUUAUUUCCCACCAUCCCUUUAUCUCCAUCCCAACAACAGCAGUGUUGUGAGUUAAGUUGAGCUGAGAGAAAACAACUGGCCCAAAGGUGACCUAGUUCUGAGAAAUGUCAACAGAAAACUGUAAGGCUGGAACUUGAUGAUGUGUACAGAGGAAGUCUCUUAGAUACCUGAAACGUUCCAAAUGGUCUCUGAAAUGCUGAGGAGGAAACUUCGUCACUGUGGCAUCCUACGGUUUAAACCUCUUUGGGCAUUAGUUUGUACAGCUGGAAUCUGGUCUUACAUCAUAAUUCACCAGAAACCAUCCUACCAAGAUGAUGAGCAUUUGGAAUUGACUGGUGAACAUCCUAAUGCAAUAAACUGUUCCAAGAUACUGGAGGGUGACACAGAGGAAAUUCAAAAGGUAAAGCUUGAGCUACUAACAGUUUCCUUUAAGAGGACCCCAAAAGUGACUGCAAAUGAUUAUAUCAACAUGACAAUUGAUUGUGCCUCCUUUAUUAAGAGGCGGAAAUAUAUUAUGGAGCCUCUUAGCAAAGAAGAAGCGGAAUUUCCCAUUGCAUAUUCAAUAGUGGUCUAUCAUAAAAUUAAUAUGCUUGAGAGACUACUGAGAACCAUAUAUGCUCCUCAGAACUAUUACUGCAUUCAUGUUGACAAAAAGUCCCCGGAGUCUUUCUUGGCAGCUGUAAAAGGGAUUGCAUCAUGUUUCCACAAUGUCUUCAUUGCGAGCCAAUUGGAGAGUGUAGUGUAUGCAUCAUGGAGCAGGGUGCAAGCUGACCUCAACUGCAUGAAGGAUCUCUACAGGAGGAGUGUGAGCUGGAAGUACUUGAUCAAUCUCUGUGGCAUGGAUUUCCCCAUCAAGACCAACCAAGAAAUAGUGGAGAAGUUGAAAGCCCUGAAGGGUGAAAAUAGUCUAGAAACAGAAAAAAUGCCUUCAAACAAGGAGGUGCGUUGGAAGAAACAUCACGAAGUGGUUGAUGGUAAGGUAAAAAACAUGGGAAUAGACAAAGACCAUCCACCUCUCAAUACACCCAUUUUCUCUGGCAGUGCCUAUUUUGUUGUUAGCAGGAAGUUUGUGGAAUAUAUAUUAGAGAACCGCAAAAUUCUUGCUUUUAUAGAGUGGGCUAAAGACACGUACAGUCCUGAUGAGUACUUAUGGGCAACAAUUCAGCGAAUCCCUGAGGUUCCUGGUGCAGUCUCCGCCAGUGACAAAUACGAUGUUUCUGAUAUGAAUGCAAUUGCCCGGUUUGUGAAGUGGCAUUACUUUGAGGGGGAUGUGUCCAAGGGUGCCCCUUACCCGCCUUGUAAUGGAGUUCACGUCCGCUCCGUAUGCGUCUUUGGAGUUGGAGACUUGAGCUGGAUGUUACAGAAACAUCAUUUCUUUGCCAACAAAUUUGAUACUGACAUCGAUCCUUUUGCAAUUCAAUGUUUGGAGGAGCAUUUAAGAGACAAAAUGCUACAUCAACACAGACACUAACAUGCAGCGUUCUUUACGGUACACGUCUUUGUCAUUUGAUUGAAAUGGCAAAAAGAUACUGAGCAUAUGAUACCCCCUUGGAGGGUGAUUAUCUAGCUGAUUAUGUCCCCUGAGCUUUCUUAAUUCUCUGCUUUUUUCUAAAGUAGUUCCAUCACAAAAAUUCUCUUGCAAAGCGCAACAGGACAUUAGGCAUGAAACAAGAUCCUCAGCUUUACAGAAUGACAGACUUCUACUCUGUUAACCUCUCCUCUGUAUCUUUUAAAGAAUUGUAUUAGAAAUUCAAAUAAUCUUGAUCCUUAGAUUGUGUAGCCACUAAGACUAUUUUUCUUAGUGGAAGUUGGACAAUUUUGAGGACAGUGAGGAGCCAAGACUAAGUAGUCAUCAUGGAGUAAGAUUUCAGAUUAACAGAAAUUUUUCAGUUUAUGAAAAGGGUAUUUGAAGUGUAUUUUGUUUAUGUCUCUAUAGUCAGAUUACUGAAUUCUGCCCCCUCCCUUUUAAACUGUACCAGCAAUAUAUACACCAGAUAUACUUCUAGGCAUAACUUUUAGGAUAGACUGUAUUCUUCAGUUGUGUAGCUGUUGCUAGAGAAAUGUAGGAGAAGCUUGCCAGUUAAAAUAUUCUCAGGGAAAUAAAAUGUGUGCCUGCUUGUAUUCAUUUCAUAUAUCUUUAUGGCAUUUAUGUUUGCUAUUUGCCAUACUAUUUGUCACUUUUCCAUAAAGGGAGAACAAACAAAUCAGCAGAAGAGUUAAUUAAUGAUAGUUCCUAUCAUUAUUUUUAUUCUGCCUGCUACUAGGAAUAUUUGAAUCUUCCAAACAGGAAAACCUCGUUCGUUCAAGUCUUGUUUCUAUACUAACUGUAUCAGCUUUUCUCUUCUGAAGGGGUUAUGUUAACGUACUUCAGUUCUUAGUAGAUCUGGGCAGUAGUUGGGAUCCAGAACAAGGCAAGAUCCAGAACAGGCCAAAUAAGUGCUUCCUUUUACAGCUAGAAUUCUCUUUUUUGGUCCAGCUCCUGAUGCUGGCUUUGGAAAUAAUUUUUGGAGAUGGCAUGAAGUACAAAAUAGGAGUUCAGUUUCCUGCUGAACAUCCAAGUGUUCCAGAGUAGCCCAUAAUUAAAACUGCACUGGAUAGAAUUCUUUCUGCCAGCUGCAAUAAAUUAUGUCAGAUUAUAUUUCUAUACUUCUGAGUUUUUACAUGUUUUAUUUCUGAGGUAAUUUUAAAAAGAAGACAAAGUUUCCUUCAAGUUGAGUUAAGUUCUUGUUGACCUCAUGGGGAAGUCCAUCAAGUUUUCUUGGCCAGCAUUUAUAGAAGCAGUUUGCAGUGCUAAGGAUUGUGGGGUUUUUAUUUUAUUUUAUUUUAUUUUAACAUCUCCAUGUAGUCUUACAGCCUGGUAGACAAGGUGGUAGACAAAAGUAAAAAUGAUGUUUUAAAAAGAGGACAAAAUUGUAUGAGGCCCAUCAAUCAACCAAGUAGGAUGAGCUAUGAUUUAGAAAUGUACCAAUAGGUGAAUGAUAAAAAUACUCAAUUUCUCAAAGUGCAGCUCCAGUUAUAUGUGGGAGACAAAGUUUCUCAAGAAUUAUUUGCCAUGAGGUUGCCUGCUGACUCCACUUUGGACCUAAUGACCACCUUCCUCUUUUGAGCACAAAACCUCCUCUCAUCUGAUCACAGGUAAAAUAAGUUUCUGUAGGUUUUCUCCCUCAAUGUCUGUGAUUUUGCUUAAGAUAUCCUUAUUAAAGAUUUUUGCUGCAGAUCACUGUUGUAAAAUUUUAUAUUGUUUUGUACAUCUUUUUGUCUAUAGACUCUCUUUUCCAAACAUCAUCUUCCCUACUUGAUCUUGGCCCUACUCUCUCUUGACUUGGAGUUUGCAGUAGCUGAUUA